ACAAGAAAAAGAAGAGCAACAACAAUAAUAAUAAGCAAAGGCUCCCCGUAAACGACAAUCAACUGUCCAAAGAGCAAACCCCCUCUCCCGAUCCCACCCCAGAGGCACCGGUUGAUGUCGGAGAAAAUGGAGCAACGCCCGGUCCAGUAUGCACAACUUCCCAAGUUUGAGUACCAGACUUUCGAGCGUCACUAUCAGACCUUCGACCGUCAAACUUUUAGCUUUUCAUAUUACCCUGUCAAUACUGCAUCUACGGAUCAUCUGACGCCGCCUAAGGAUCAGGACAAUAACAACAACCCCGUCGAACCAGAUAAUGCCCCGGCCGCCGAGACUACCCCUACAGAAGGAUCCGAUAGUGCCCCUGCUGAUGGCUCAACGUCUCCCGAGUCUGAAGGUGCCACCGAAGCAACAACGCCGCCGCCAGAGGCUGAAGAGACCUCCAACGAUACGACUACUGAACCAAAAGAGGAAGGCGAGAAUCCCGCUCCAGAAGCAGACGAGUCCACCCCACCACCGGAAGAUAGUCCUCCCAGUGAUCAACCUGUUGAGGAUGCACCAAAGGACAUAGAACCGGAACCAGUCGAAGCAGACGCUGCACCGGCGGAUAUAGAUGAUACACCGCCCGAGGAGAACACUGAAGCCCCCAGCAAUGAGGAUGACUUCAUAGAAGGUGAUCCUACUGCAGAACAUGAUAAUGCCGAAGCCGAAAAAGAAGAAGCCGAACAACAAGCGGCUGAAGACGCCAAGCCCGAGGAUGAAUCGUCGACGGAACCAACGACGGCCGACUUGAUCGACGUUGGUAAGGACGGGGAGAACGCAACAGAACAACCACCGGCAGAGAGUCAAGAGGGCGAGGCUGAGCCCCCUAGCAACGACGAGGGCCCCGAAGCCGACAGCGGCGAUGCAUCGCCCGAAGAACCGGCUGCAGAAGCGGAGACUCAAGAACAUGAGGCUGAAGCACAACCUGAGCCUGCGCCAGAAUCUACGGAAACCCCUGUCGCUCCAGAAGGACAGGAGGAUCAACCUCCAGAGGAACAACCUAGUCCCGACACCACAGAAACUGCGGAUGAAGCACCAGCAGACGAGGGUACUCCAGAGUCGACAGAAGAUUUAGCGGCGGACAAUGCCAACGUUGAACCCGAAGCAGAACCAGCAAAUGCAACUGAAGAGGCACCGGAAGAACCGGCCGCUGCCCCCGAAGAGUCACCUGAAGAGGCCGCACAGCCUGAAACAACCGAUGAGGCAGCAGCAGAAGUUGACUCCGGCGAAGCACCCGCCGAAGAGUCUACCGAAUCACCUGUCGCUGAAGAAGAUUCUGCUGAGCCACCUGCAGAGACACCCACCGAGACACCUGCUGAGGAAGCCGCUGUUGCGGAAGAGCCCGCCGAAGAGAGUAUUGCAGAAGAACCUCCGGCUGAAGAGCCCACCGCGGAUGACACAGCAGAUGUACCGGCCGAGGAAAAUGCAGAAGCAGCGGAACCCGCCUCAGAACCCGCAGCGGAGGAGGCAGCAAGCGAGGAGGUAUCUCCUGAGGAAGCCACGACAUCGGAGUCAGUUGAAGAGCCUACCGAUGAAACUCCAGCGGCAGCGGAGACUACUCCGGAAGCAGCUAGCGAGGAUGAACCGGUAGAUGCUCAAGAGCCAGCUGACGACAAGCCGACCGAGGAAGUAGUUGCAGAGGAGCCUCCCGCGGAGGCCGCAGGCGAAGAAGCGACUCCGAACGAAGAUGCCGAGGGUGCCGCACCGGGAUCUGAGGAGCCUCCUGCUGAUCUCGCCGAGGAUGCGCCAGCAGAAGAGUCAGUUCAUGUCGAAGAACCCGAGCAAGUAACAGAAGAAGCGGCCCCUGAAGAGACACCAUCGACUGAGGAAGUGCCAGCAGAAGAGGGUGUCGGUGAAGUUCCUGAAGAAGCUCCCGCCGAAGAGCCGGCCACAGAAGCAGUGCCCGAAGAAUCCGCUCCUGCAGAAGAACCUAUCGCUGAAGAACCUACAGCUGAAGAACCUCCAGCUCCAGAUGAGACACCUCCUGAACCUGCGCCUGAGGAGACUGCCCCAGUUGAAGAGUCUGCUCCAGUAGAGGCCGACGCUGAAGAGGAAGUUCCUGCUGAGGAGCCUAUCGCCGACGAGCCCGCUGCUUCUGAAGAGCCCGCGAUUGAGGAACCUGAAGCUGUUGUUGAACCCGAAGCUGAGGCUACCGUUGAAGAAUCAGAACCGGCUGAGGAUCCUGCACCUGUCGAAGAAGCUGUCGAGGUGCCCGCCACCGAGGAACCUGUUACCGUUGAAGAGCCAGCCGCCGCUGAGGAACCCGUCGCGGACGAGCCUGUCACUGAAGAGCCCGCUGCCGAAGAGCCUGAACCUAUCGAAGAGCCUGCCCCGGUGGAAAAAACUGUCGAGGAGCCCGCCGCCGAGGAGCCCGCACCGGCUGAAGAAGAGCAAAUUUCGGCUGAAGAACCUGCUCCCGAGGAGAACACUGCCGCUGAAGAACAACCGCCGGCAGAAGAGUCUUCGUCUGUGGAAGAGGUUUCCGCUGAACGAGCUGUUGACGAACCUGCUCCAGUAGAUGAGCCUGCCGCGGAGCAAGAGCCUGAAGUGGAAGAAGCUACCCCUGCUGAAGAACCCGCUGUGGUCGAAGAACCUGCUACAGCGGAAGAGGCUAUUCCUGCUGCAGAAGAGCCUGCCCCGGUGGAGGAGCCUGAAGAACCUGCUCCAGCGGAAGAACCUACUCCUGCAGCGGAGGAGCCCGUUGCGGUAGAAGAACCUGCUGCUGUAGAAGAGCCUGCUGCUGUAGAAGAGCCUGCUGCUGCGGAAGAGCCUGCUGCUGCGGAAGAGCCUGCUGCCGUGGAAGAGCCUGCUGCCGCGGAAGAGCCUGCUGCCGUGGAAGAGCCUGCUGCCGCGGAAGAGCCUGCUGCCGUGGAAGAGCCUGCUGCCGUGGAAGAGCCUGCUGCUGUGGAAGUACCCGCAGAAGAUCCUGCACCUGCUGACGAACCCGGUUCAGUCGAUGGACCAGGACCGGCAGAAGAUAUAGCUCCCGCUGAAAGAGCCGUUCCUAUCGAGCCAUCAGAAGUCGCAGCACCCCCACCGGAAGAACAGGGCGAAAGCGAAGGAUAUGAAGCAGAUCCGAGCUCAGAGCCGUCAGAAGAAACCGAGGCUAAUGAUUCUUCAAGAGGUGAAGUCCUAGCUGGAGCCCUAGCUGGGGCCACAGCCGCCGCUGCCGCCACCGCAGCAGUCCACCGGAAAGAUUCACGUAGGAGGCACAGAAAAUCGCCCGACGCCGACUAUGAUCGGAAGGAGUCCAGGAGCUCUUCUGAUGGUCAUCGAUCACAAAGGCCAAAGGGUGAGCGUAUUGGCAUCGUAGGUCGAUGGGCACAAGCUUUACAGGAGUCCAAGAGGAUUCACGAAGAGAAGCAGAAGCAAAAGAUUCAGGUUGUUGAGAAAGAGCGCCGCUCUUCGGACCGUGGAAGAGAGAGAGAAAAGGACAGGCAGCGGGAGCGUGACCGGGAUCGCGACGAGCGGAAACGGGAACGGGAACAAGAGUACGAACGCCAACGUGAGCUCGAGCGUGAGCGCGAACGUGAGCAAAGACGGCAAGAACGCGCGCGCAGACAACAAGAACAAGAGCGUCUGCAACAAGAGCAAGAGCGCCAACAACAAGAGCGUGAGCGCAGACACCGAGAGCGCGAACGCGAGCGCGAGCGCGAACAACGUGAACAACUUGAACGGGAGCGGGAGCGAGAAGGCGCAAAGCGCUCUGAGCGAAGCGCAAGAUCGAGGAACUUGGAACAAUCCGAACGAUCUUUGAGCGGAAAAGAGAGCGCACACACCAGGUCACACCCACGGUCAGAUCACUCUGGAAGCCAGGACCGCGAGCGCAAGAGCAGCUCGUCGUCGCGCCACACCCAAUCUACAGAACCCAAGCCUCGCUUCUUCCUGAAGUAUAUGGAGGGUCAGUCAGACACCAAUGGCCCACUUCUGAAGAUCAACGCUGCCAAGGCCUCCGCUAACGUCUACAAAGAUCGUGAGAGAAGGUCAUCCUCCCACCAGAGUCAACGUCAGUCGCAAGAAGGCAAGAGCAGCAGUGAGCGCUCCAGUCGACCACGUCCCGAGGACGACGAAGAGGCUCGAGCUCGGCGUGAAGCUCGCAAAGAGCGCAAGAGAAUGGAGAUGGAGCAGGAAGCAAGGGCAAGGGAGGAACCCGAGCAACGUCGCCAUCACCGCAGUAGCGGAGAACAUCGCCAUCGUCAUCACAGACAUCGACGCGAGCCGUCUCCUCCACCCAGUGGACCUUCCAAGCUGAAGACUCUCUUGGGUGCGAUUGCUGCUCACUGAUGGUAGUUUGCAUGGGAACCAAAUUCAUUACCCCUUUAGUAAUGCUGUCCUAGGUUCGCUUUCUACCUUUCUCUCUCUGUCAGCUCGAUGUAUUUAUUUAUUCUUUGUUUUCUUUUGUCUAUU